GCUACGCACCAUGCGGGGCCAUUUUAGGGCCGGGGUGACCCUGCUGUAGCAGAGGGGCAGGCGGAGGCUCAGCCGCGCCGGUGCUUCUCGAGGCUUCGGCGGGCGGGGGGAGGUGUGGUUGCCGCCGGGAGCAGCGGGGCGGGGCGGCCCCCAGCUCCUCGCCGAGCUCCCUGAGCGCCCUCCGCGCGCGCCGCCCUAGCCCGCUGAUGCAAUUCGAGCCCGGCCGCGGCGGGAGCAGCAGCCCCAGCCCGGGCGGCAGCAGUGGGCGCUCCGGCCCGCCCCGACCCCGCGCAGCUCCGCCACCGCCGCUGUAUCCUCCGCCGGGGCUCGGCGAUCCGCCGGCUCCAUCCAGACGAGAGCCCGGCAAGAACAUCUCCCCCGCCUGCCAGGAUGAUCAAGGGCUGCCAGAAUGAGUGCACAGGCGGAGGAUGUUUGGGAGAAAUGGGAAAGCAAAUGACUGAAUCUUUCAAGGCUUCUGACUUGAUUAUCACCCCAGCUACGACAUUCAAGGAAAAACCAGACCCCACUGGUUUGGUGUUUGGAACUGUGUUCACUGAUAAUAUGCUGACAAUUGAAUGGUCCUUGGCUUCAGGAUGGGAGAAACCCUAUAUUAAGCCACUGGAGAACCUCGCAUUACAUCCAGCCUCUUCAGCUCUGCAUUAUGCUAUAGAACUGUUUGAAGGGAUGAAGGCGUACCGAGGAGUGGAUAGCAAAAUCCGCCUGUUCCGGCCAACCCUGAACAUGGACCGGAUGGCACGAUCAGCACGGAGAACUACUCUGCCAUCUUUUGACCAGAACGAGCUGUUAGAGUGCAUCCGUAAGCUUGUGGAAGUGGAACAGGAAUGGGUCCCAUACUCAACCUCUGCCAGCCUGUAUAUCCGUCCUACGCUAAUUGGAACUGAGCCUUCCCUUGGAGUGAAGAAGCCAACUAAAGCCCUACUGUAUGUCAUACUGAGCCCUGUGGGCCCUUACUUUGCAAGUGGAAGCUUUAAUCCAAUAUCCUUAUGGGCAGAUCCAAAAUACGUAAGAGCGUGGAAAGGGGGAACAGGAGACUGCAAACUGGGAGGGAAUUAUGGUUCUGCUAUUUAUGCCCAGCAGGAAGCCCUGGAGUUUGGCUGCCAGCAGGUUUUGUGGCUCUAUGGAGAAGAUCACCAAAUAACUGAAGUUGGAACAAUGAAUCUGUUUCUCUACUGGAUAAAUGAAGAUGGAGAAAAUGAGCUGGCAACACCACCUUUAGAUGGCAUCAUCCUUCCUGGAGUGACAAGGCAAAGCAUUUUGGAUCUGGCACUCGACUGGGGAGAAUUCAAAGUGUCUGAGCGAUACAUCACCAUGAGUGACCUGACAGCUGCCUUGGAAGAGAACAGAGUAAAGGAGAUGUUUGGUGCUGGAACAGCUUGCGUUGUGUGUCCCAUCUCUAAAAUUUUAUAUAAGGGCAAGCACUUGCACAUUCCAACUAUGGAGAAUGGGCCUGAGUUAACAACCCGUUUCCUGAAUAAGCUAAGUGAUAUCCAGUAUGGAAGAGAAGACAGCGAUUGGGCAGUGCUGGUGUCAUGAAGGUGGCAGAGUUCAGACCCUCCAGACAGACCUGACAUCUGAAUAAUGACAACUUCUGUAGCUGCCAGUGCGUAGCAUAGUCCCAGUAUCCAUUUGCUCCCCAGGAUGAUUGUUUCCACAAUCCAGCAAAUGUGAAUGCAGUCAUUUUGAUUUCUACUGUAAUCCUGUUGGUAGAAACCUGUUUUCUUGGUAGAGGUGCUAAAUGUUAGCAAUAGAACUUCCCUAAUGUAUUUCUUAGUGCCUCCUUAUAUACAGUCUGAAAACUUGUAAAAUGCUCUUCAACUGCUCUUCAGUUUGGUUUGUUUGCUGCCACCAUCAGCAGAACAUGUGUCACAUGAGGAUGUUGCCUGUUAGCUGCCCGCAGGGUUCUGUUGACAUUAUUCUGCCUUUUGCUCUGUGCUUGGGAAACAAAUAGGUUUAGCCAUACACUCCAUCCUUUCAUGCUCUGCUUGUAUGGGAGAUUCCUGAGUUUGCGUAGCCUGGUAGAUGCCCUCAUACUCUGUCCAAUAACUCUGGCCUUUAGCCCAAAAUUCUCUGAGUCAGUCUAGCCUGCAAGAUGGUCCCUGUCAGCCUAUUGCCCUUCCCUCCAUGAGGAUUUUGUGUGGCUGCUUGGGCAGUGCGUACCUCUCUAAUAGUUGAAUACAUCCUUCUAGACGUGAUUUAAAGGCUGUGUCAGGCCCUGCUGAGAUAAAAAUUCCCCUUUAGCCUAGUAGAGCUGGGUUCUGCAGACACAAUGUUGCAUUCCAGGUGAGUGUCUAGAAAAUGAUAUUAGACGACUUUGGCUGUGAAAAUUGAACCAUUCUUCACAGCAACCAAACCUUUGGGCUGAGGAAUUUUUUUCAUCAUCCUCUCACAUAUUUUAGGUCAGAAAAAUGUUUUUCUUAUCCCUUUCACAUACUCUAUCCAGCCUCCAUUGACAGUGUACUAUAGAAGGGCCUUCCUGUUAAAGAACAAGCAGUGUUGUCAACAGAAAAUGUCUAGGAGGAAAGAGAUUUCAUUCAAAUCCUGAUUUCAUUCUGGUUAAGCAGAUAAUUCAUACAAUGCUAUUUUUUCUCAUAUACAGUCUUGAUGCUUUGGAGGCAACACAGAGCAUGUAGCCCAUAGUUAGGGAAGUAACUUCUGCAAAUGAAUGUUCACUAAUGAUCAUUCUGUAAUACUUACUAGCUUUCUCCUUCUGCACUCAGCUUUGUUGAACAGCUUUAAGAUACCUCUUGCCAAAAAGGAUAACCAUAACCAAUGUUCCAAAGUGCUACUUCAGAUUAAAACUGGUGGAACUUUAUUAACACUUUAAUUAUUAGAGUUCUGUAAGAAGUAAAAGUGAAAUAUUUCUUGUUCUAGUUUGCAGUAGAGAUGCCCCAGUAUUAAGGGAAGCAUUUAACACUCUUAAGUUUUAUCGCUCCCAUGCUUAUUAAGUCCUUUGUAGUUACUGACACUUGUUAACUUGUUACUGACACUUGUUAAAAGACAAAAUAUAAUUUCUAAUGGACCAUCCAUGCCUUAUGCAGCUGUUAAUGAGCAGCCUUAUGGAUUUCUGUUCAUUUUUGGUCACAUUUUGAAGACUCCUCCUUAGCCAUCACUUUCUUCUGCUCCCUCAGAUCAUGAUUUUUUCUAUGUUUGACUGCAGCCCAGUCUGAUUUUUUAAUGAAGAACAGUUGAAGGUUCUCUCUGACAAUAUAACUAUUGUUAAAAAUUGAUGGAUAAUUUUUUCUUUAGUCUGCAACUGCAAGCACAACUUACAGUAGUCAUAGUGUUGUGACGAUUUGAAUCUGUAUCACGUGUUGGUCUUUGUUCAGUAUCUUACUAUGUGUUAUAAGCUGCUAGUAGUCUUUCAUUUAAUUAGAUGGCUGGAAAAAUUGACAUGGGGAAUAUGUCAAGAUGCAAUAUGGGGUAGAGAGUUUUAUCCAACGAGACCAGUAUGAAAAAUUAAAGAGUGCCUUUAACUAGA